AUGGCCGAAGAUGAUAAGACAACGUCUGCUUGGUACAAGGUGCCAACGUGGGACGGGAGCCCUGUGACUUGGAGGGCGUUCAGCAAAGAGAUGCAAUGGUGGGUUUCUUCCUUGGACUUGGAGAGCACGAAGAAGUUCAACUUAGCAGCGAGGUGGCUGUUACGGCAAUCGGGCGUUGUGCGACAGCGCGGGGAAGAGUUCACCCCUGCCGAGCUUGAGUAUCAGAAGGAGGUCCGUGCAAAGGAUCCCGAUGGCGUGGAGAUUGUCGUGACCAAGGAGGACCCCCUUGCAGGCUUGAACAAGUUGCUGAAGGCGCUCGAGGGCAUCAACGGCAAGAGUGCUUUGGAUAAGAAGGGCGAGCUGCGAAAGCUCUUCUACACAGAGCUCAGCAGGAAGCCGGGCGAGAGGCCAGCUGACUUUAUGUCGAGAUUUCGCUUCCUGGCCGCUGAGCUGAAGAGUGAAGGAAUAGCCCUCCCUAGUUCCGAGUUGGGCUGGUUUCUGAAAGAAAAGUUGGGGCUGGAUCCGUUGAGGAAGCAGUUGCUGGAGACGGCUUUGCAGGGCCGGGAAGGCUUCGAGGAUGUCGAGGCUGAAGCCCUGCGGCUUUUCAAAGACCUUCACGCCGCAGACCCCUUGAUGAGACGCGCGGGAGCCCCUGACCUCAGAGGCCGCGGCCGUAGCUUUGGCGGCUUUGGCGGCACACCGUCCUCUUCGACCACCUUCUCCGUGUACCGUGGCUCUGGAGCAUUAAGUUCUGUGCCGGGCCGUUCUUCAGGCAGCGUGACGCCAGCGCUGAAAGGCGGCGGCAAGGCAGGCUCGUUUGCGCCGAGGCGGCCGUUUCUUGGAUAUCGGUCGCGGCAAGCCUUUGCAGCCGAGCAGCUUGGCGAGACUGAGGGCGAGCCGGGCGAGGAGGCUGAGGAUGAAGAGCUUGUUCCCGAGGAGGAGGGCAACGGCGUCUCCUUGGACGAUGUGCUUGAGGCUGAGGCCGAGGCCUUGGCGACGGAGCUGGAGCAGGCUGAGGCCGAAGGACUGGAGCCGCAAGUGCUAGACGAAGUGGAAGGAACGGUCGAGUCUGCUGCCGAAGCUCUCUUGACUAUGCGCGAAGCGCGCCACAAGCUUCAGGAUCUGCGCAAGGACCGCGGGUUCGGCAAGGCUACUUCGGCACCCUCGUCACCGCAGUCCGGGAGGCCUGGCUUCAAGAAGCGUGGGGUUUGCCACGAUUGUGGCCAGCCAGGCCAUUGGGCUGGCGACCAAGGCUGCUCAAAGCCGGGCGCUGGCCUGGCUCGACCCAAGUCUUCGGCGAGGCCGGGGGCGACACCCUCGCAGAGUUCCCCGUCACAUCGUCGGGUCCAGUUGGUCGAGUCCUUUGCGGCCGAGGCGACGCAGGAGCAGCGUGAAGACCCCGCAGUCUACCAUGAGACCGCUGUCGUUUCGUCUUGGAGUUCCUUUGCAGAGGCGCUUGAAGCAAGCCAGCCGCAUGAGACGCAGAGCGCUUUGGCCGUGGACAAAAGACUUGUGGGGGCGCUUGACAGUGCGUGCAAUCGCACCGUGUGUGGCCGUCGCUGGCUGGAGGGCUACUUGCAAGCUCUUGCUAGUUCUCCCUUGUGGCAGGCCUUGCAGCCCCUUGUGAAGACGGAGGUCGAGCGGGAGAACUUUAAGUUCGGGAAUGACGGAGUGAAGGCAAGCUACUCACGACAUCGGCUUCCCAUGGUUGUUGGCAGUUCCUGCGUGUUAGUUUGGACCAGUGUUGUCGAGGUCGAGUCUUUGGGCCUCCUCCUUGGAAGGGACUUCUUGGAGGCCAUCGGAGGAGUGAUCAGCUUUACUAGAAGGGCUUUGCGAGCGGAUCAUCUUGAUGCUUCUCGAAUUCCGCUUCGGCAGCUCUCGGCAGGUCACUUCUUCCUCGACAUCUUCCCGGAGACCUGGAGCACCUCGGCGAGACCGUGGCGACGCGAAGGCCAGGACGGGAUACUGGAGGUUCAGCUUAGCUCGUUCGAGUGGAGCCUUCGCCGUGCAGCAGCAGUCAAGGGCCCCCCUGUGAAUGGUCGUGAGCAUGAACAACUAGCGGUUGAGCAAGCACGGGGCCCACAUGCUGGCCACAGUGGUUCGAGAGUUUCAAAUUCGAUGACCAAGCCGGUACUGACUGCGAUGUGUUUGCGCCUCCUCGAAAGAAACGUGUGGCACUUCGCUGGGCUACUGCUUUGGUUGCUGCAGCGGCCCUUGCUUCGGUACGUGCCCCUGCCGUACAGCAACAUCCGGUCCCCAUCGGCCUGGAAGGAGCAAGCCGAAGCCAUGGUGCGGAGUGGAGCCCUGCCACGGCGGCAUUUUCGUGCAGCUGCCCUCGAGAACAAGUUCGAGGACCUGGGGUUGCUCAAGGACGCGGGCUACUUGAGGGACAGGAUGGGCGUCAAUCUGGCGUUUGUCGAAGAUCCCAUGUUGGAUGGAAUGCUGGCAGCUCGCCACACCAAAGGAGUUCGAGCCGCGAUCCACAGCCAGCUGGUGGACAAGUUGAAAGCCGAGGCGAUCGCGAAAAAGACCAAAGCCGAGCAGCUGACCGCUGCGCGGGCCUUGCUGGGUCCCAAGGGUGGUUUGCCUACCUUGAAACAGGACCUCAUCCGUCUGGCCGCGUUGCUGCAUGUGGAGGUGAACGACAACGACACCGUCGAGAAGCUCAAAACAAAGUUGCGCCCGACUCUCGACGCGCUUCGGGGCAUUCCGCUUCCGUCGGCUCAGGUGGCUACAUCCUCGGCGACGGCGGCUUCAGCAGAACUUCCUGUACCACGCUGCGAACCCGAAGGGCAACUACAGCCGACGAUCGAGCACCGGACGGCCGGACCGAUGCAGCCGCCGACCCCUUCACAAGACGAGAUCCUCCAGCAGGUGAGUGCAAUGGUCGAGGCCCGUAUGCAAGACCGCGACAGCCGGUUCGAAGCUAUGCUGCACCAGACGAUGCAGCACAUGAUGAUGAUGUCGAGCAGCAGCGGCAGCCGGCCACUGGAUGGGGAAGGUGGCCUGUCACCGGACAGCGAUAUGGGCUUCCAGCAGAUGACGAACGAAAACGAGCUGUAA